AUGGAGCAGUUUCCUUUCGGUCGUAGGGACCACAGCGGCGGCUGCCGACCCCACCUGGCCCCGGGGCUGCGGGCCGCUCCUUCUGCGUCGGCCCCGCGGCCUGUGUCGUCGGGGGUCCCGGUGUCUGCGGCUUUUCUGCAGCCUCCUGGUCUGAUUCUGCGAUCCACCGCGGGCGCGGUUCGCGGAGGAUGCGCUCCCGGCCCGGGGCUGGAUAGGGCGCUGGGGGCGGUGGGCUGCGGCUACCCGCGGACCCCGAAGUGCGCCCGCUGUCGCAACCACGGUGUGGUGUCGGCGCUCAAGGGCCACAAGCGCUUCUGCCGCUGGCGGGACUGCGCGUGUGCCAAGUGCACCCUGAUCGCCGAGAGGCAGCGCGUCAUGGCCGCGCAGGUGGCGCUGCGCAGGCAGCAGGCGCAGGAGGAGAGCGAGGCCCGCGGGCUGCACCGCCUCCUGUACCCCGGGCCGUCGGGGCCCGGGGCUCCGGCGGCGUCGGGAGGCAGCGGCAGGACUGAGAGUCUCCAGGUCGUGCGCAGCUCUGGGGCUGUGGCUAUGCUGGGAGCGGGGGCCUCUAGGCACCCUGGGAGCCGGGCGGUCCCCGCUUUCGAGGUUUUCCAGCAAGACUGCGCGGAGGGAAAGCAGGAACCAAAAGAGAGAAACUGUGAGUCGUGUCAUAGUAGACAUGAAGACCCAGUCUCCAAUCCCCAUCAUUGUUCUCUGGGAACAUCUAAGGGUAAUGGCACCAUCGAGAAACAAGCCUUCAUGUCAUCUUUUGCAGAACACUCAGACAAAUCCACCAUCAUCCUGUCUCCUUCCCCCACGGAGCAGUCAGGAGGAGAGGAUAGUCCCAGGUCCUUCUCUUCCUCUGACCUGGAAUCAGGGAAUGAAAGCGAGUGGCUCAGAGACUAUCUUGCUACCAAAGCCAGACUCUCCACGGUGAACUCAAGACCGCGAGACCCUCUCGGAAUUCUCACCAGGAUUUUUCCAGGUUACAGGCGUAACCGCCUAGAAGGUAUUCUACAGUUCUGCAAGGGAGAUGUAGUCCAAGCUAUUGAGCAUAUCUUAAACGGAAAAGAACACAAGCCAGACUGCAGGGACCUCGCACAUGCAGACUUGGAAAAUGCAGCCUUUCAGAGAGCUUCGGAGUUUAGUCUUGCUGGCAUUGGCUUUGGGACUCUUAGUAAUAAAUCAGCCCUCUCUCCCCUUGAAGCCACGUCUGCUGCUUACGGAGGAGAUUCAAGUCUCUAUAGUUUCAAUCCUAGACUAGCUUUCAGCCCGCUGCGCCUGGCAUAUUCUUCUCCAGGAAGAGCGCUGUCUGGUUUCGUGUCGCCCUACCUAACGCCUGGACUGGUGCCAGCAUUGCCGUUUCAGCCAGCUUUGGAUUAUGCCUUUCCAGGGAUGGUUAGGGAGCAGUCCCACCUUUCCAGCAAGCACUUAGUAACUGGUGGUAGACUUUAUUUCAGGCCCAAUCAGGAACAUCUGUAACACAUCCAGUCUACCAUUCUGUAGUGUUUCUGUAAUCACCCAACCCGCACGCACAUGCACACGCAAAAUCUGUUAAUGUACUUCAUUGAGUAUAUGAGUAGCUUCCCAGUUUAAGUGGUAUUUUCUAAGCAGUAUAAUAGACUUUAAAUUUGAAGACUUUUCUUUAGCAUUUGUUAAAAAAAAUGUACAUUAUAUGUGCCUUGAAUAGACCUAUUUCAGGAAAUAAUUUUAUUUUAAACUAUUGAAUUUUCUUCGUAAAUUAACACUAUUAUUGUAAAGCCAUACCUGCUUUUUAUUUUAUUGCAAAGUUUGCUUUAUAGUUGUAAAAAUUUGUAAAAAGCAACUUAUAUAGUAGAAAAUGAGCAAGGGAGAGGGUUGGGAAGAUUGUGGUUAUUACUCUAAAAGGAAUCCCUCUCCCUCUCUGUCUCUAGCGUCUUUUCCCUUCCCCCUUCUCCUCUUCUGCCACAGGUGAGCAGGAAGUUAUUCCAAGUAUUUAAAAAUAUUUUAU